AUGGAGGAUGAUGAUGAGGCUUCGUUGAACAAACUGUGGAACACCGUGAUCACCGGAGUCUGCUCCAAGAGUCCCUCGUCCGUGGAUCAGAUCCAUGUGUUCAGCUGUAAGUUCCUCUCAGCUCGGAUACGCGGUCGUCUCGAAGACGUCGACUCGUGGGGGAAAUGCGUUUCUAUUUUGAGUCACGUACUCGUCGAUCGACUCCGGAAAGUGAAAGAUCCCAUCGCUGAUCCUGUCUGUUGGAAGCUGCUGCUCGUGGUCAAAUUGAUUGGCGUCACUCAUCUUCCGUUCAAAUCCGAGUUGCUCAGAGCCAUCGACAACCUUUGGAAACAUUUCGUGGAACCCGAGUCGUUCCCUCAGGAAGCAGAAACCACAUGGCAGUCGAACUUCCCGGGUCUCAUCGAUUGCCAGAUAGCCCCUCUACAGCCUCUGAUAGAAGCCGUCUUGCCGUGUCGAUCGAAUAGCUCUCGGCAUCGAGUGAAUCCCGAGAACCGUCGCCGACGCAGCGUGGUACAUACCAAGAAUACUAAAGGGAAGGAAUCCGAGAGCAUACGGCCGAGUUCCUCUAGUUCCGAUGACGAGUUGCCUACGGUACAGAAGCCCUCGAGCAUUCUCAUGGGAGAGCGACGGGAGGGUAGUCCCGAACCCGACCCAGGAGCGUGGCCGCAUUCCAUGUCCGACCACGAAAGGGAGCUCUUCGAGACCCAUCUCGACAGCCAGACCUUCGCCGCUCUUCUUCUGGAAACCCUCGAUGGUUUCCACCGAACGGAUAUACAUUUCGGACCGACCGUUUUCUACAGAACAAACGACUUGCAUCUUUUGCGGAUUUCGCUCCGCAUACUUCUGCGUCAAGUACUCAAAGCAAAACACAACACGGUCAAUAUCGAUUGGCUCACCGAUCUCUUGACGCUACUGAAGACACUCAAAGGAUGCGAAUUCCGCGACGAAUGCAUCACGGUCCUACUGACGAUCGCCUAUCAUCUCGUCAGCACGAGCGGCAACGAGUUCAGGACGCCUCCAUUGACGGUUCUCGUCAAAGUGAACGAUCUCGAAGACGAAUGGUUCACCAAAGAUCAACAGUGUAUGAUACUCGCAGAGCUCGCCAUAGCUCUGAAGCAGCUCCGGAUGAAGAACUCCAAGUUGACGGACAACCUCUUCCACCAUACCGACACUUACGGCGUGCCCCACGGCACGCACACCAAGCAGCACGUGUGCGUCGUGGCCAGAAUCUGUGCUCGACUGAUUCGUCUGUCGAUCGAGUUCCCCAUGACGGCACUGACCGAACUCCGGCGGGUGACGUUCUGUUGCUGUUAUCCUCCGAUCAUCCCUCUACUCGAUAUCUUCGAGCACGUCCGUGAAGAUCGUCAGGCAUGCAUUAUCGAAACUCUGGCGUCCUAUCAGAGAAAAUCGGGUCAGUGCCGAGUCUGCGCACCGAGACCCGGCGCUCCUUCGGCGCUUUCCGUCUACGCGAGGGUUUUGUUCAAAUCGGGCAGCAAAGCACUGGCGAAUCACAUUGCCGACGUCGCCAAGCACAAGAACAACGAGAUCCGGACCGAAAUGUACACCAAAGUAGUACUGCCAGCUUUCACAUAUCUUGGACUCGAAGAUCUCCCGCUCGUUUUCCCGCUGCUCUCGGCGCUGUUCGACGCCCUGCCAAAUCUGUGUACUCAAUUUUUCGAUAAGAAGGAAUACGUCGAGCUGCUCGGAAACUUUCUACUCAGCGGGGACAGCGGUUCACAGACGCUAGCCAUGCGUCUCUAUGAGACAAUUGUGGCGAACAGCUUCAUCGCUCUCGAGUCGUUCAUGAACAUCAUCGAGGACGAAAUGCAUAAUUGUUUGCAGCAGAAGACGGAAACGUCGAUGGACCUUAUCGGUCGCUUCCUCGAAACGUUCGCGCGAUCGAACGUUCUCCGCAGCCGCGAGGACUACGUCAGGGGCCGGUCGCAGUUUUGGGACACCUCUCAUCGAUUAUUGCUCAACUUGCUCUCGAACGUUUCCGAAACCGUCACUUACCAGCUAUGCGAUCUACUUUUCGCCAUGCUCCUGCAGAUGUGCCCCUUGCGCUUGUGGUCCUUCAACAACAAGCUGCUCGAGCGCGCCGAAUUGUGCAAACAAAUGUACCCCGCAAUACCUAAAGAUCAGGAUAAUUAUGCGAAACUUGCCAUGCUGCUAUCUACGAAUGUCCAUCGCAAAGCUUGUUCCAUGGCUGCGCUGGAUGCCGAGAAUUUCGAGUUUACCCCGCUUGCGUCGGAAUUGAAAAAAACACUGAGUGUUGAAGCGGAUUCCCGGAACGACGAGGAACCGGAGGGUUACGAAGCCGACGGCGACAGUGAGAGCGAGACUUGUGAUCCCAACCGGACCGGAGGCACAUUCGAGAUCGAAAUUUACCCCGAAGUUGUGAAUCUCUGCGUCGAUCUCCUGACUUUCGCCUUGUCGUCCUCCGCGUCCGCGGCCAAGAGUCUCACGGGAUCUCUCCGGCACGUGACUGUAAUGUGUCUCCAGAAUAAAUCCCUCUUGGUGCUUUUCCAAGAAUCCGGAGCGGUGAGCCGAUUCUGUCGAGCGUUCGUAUCAGGGUAUAACAAGUUCGGCUAUCAGAAUGAAGAGUUGACGGAAGCCCUCCUCUACUUCAUUCAGCUGAUCUGUAAAUAUUUGGUGACGAGCGAAGAGCUAUUCGAUCUUUUACAAAUCUUCAAAGUGCAUUCCCCGCCUUACGAGAGUCUAUUGUCCAAUUUGAACAACCUGCUAUCAUUAUGUGGUGGGCCGUCGAGGGUCCUGGCGGUGACUCCCUUUCACGACGCACAGCUGGGGAAGGCCACAAGUUGGCUGACGAACAUGAAGACCGCAUUGUACGAAACAGAAAGUUCCUGGUCCCGGGAGGGGGCAGCUGUUGCUCUCCCUCUCGCGACGGUCACGGAGUUCGAUGGUCUUGCUGUGUCGAUGUGGUGUCGAACUCAGACCGAAGGGCGCCAUCAUAUACUUUCCUUAGGAAACCGUCAAGCGUUGUUCGAAGUAUGGCUUCGAAUCAGCGACGAUGACGAGCCGCUCUUAGAAUGCUGCAUCUCUACGGUGAAAACUCAGUACAAACGAGACUGGACACAGAUAAACAGCAUUCCCCAAACGACACGCUUCCCACCGAACAAGUCGGCGUACCGGCGGGCGAUGUGGAAUCAUGUUUAUUGCGAGAUGGUGGCUUUCAACUCGUUCGUUGUCAUCGCAAACGGAAAAAAGUUCGAUUUCGACCUGCUGCCGCUGAAACUUCUCUCCAAUGUUGAGGUCGUUCUCGUGGCCAGUCAGAAAUAUCCCAUGCUCAUCUCGAACGUGUCGUUAUUCAAAGGUCUCGAUCGGAGCCAAGAACACGGAAUGAACCUCUUCACCAUGGGACCCACAAUGCAGAGUUUCGUGGAAUGUCCUCUGAAUGCCGUCAGCAAAGAAUUCGAGCAGCUGUUGAGACCCCUUCAACGACACGUCAUAUGCGCGUAUCAACCAACUGAGGCCCUAAAGUUCGUCGCAUACCCACGCCAGUCGAGGCUCAAUGCUCUAUUUUUGGCGGGCAGACAAUCAAAUCCGACGCCGAUCGAGCACGAAGUCUUCCAUUUUUCCUCGGAUUCCUGCGUCGUCGUCGAAAUACCCCAUAACCUUCACACGGCCUUGAUGCCCCACGGCGGGUAUCAAGUGUUGCUCUUUCUGUUCGCGUGGGUUGUCGAGCGAACCGAGCAGGCGGAUCUGCACGCGGCAGCGCUUGGCCUCGUUCUACGCAGCGUCGAAGCCGAUCCCUCAGUCACAUUGAACUUCUUCCGAGAAGGUCUCGAACUCACUCUCGUGGUCCUCCAGCAUCCAAAAUGUAUCCUGUCGCUCACUAUGCUGAAGAUCUGCUUAGCACAGUGUUGCGAUCUCUCCGGAAACAAAUUGUGGAGAGGCGAACUUCUAGUCGAUUUGGUCCUGCCUCUCUGGGCUCGAUGGGAUCCUGAGUGCCGGAAAGAACUUUCAAUGUUCCUGACCCGAUGCGUCCGCCUGAGGAACCCGCAUCAUGUCGCCAAUGUUCAACAACUGGUCAAAGUGAACGCCAUCGAUCGGCUUCUAUACGUGCUCAAAGAAGAAUGCACAUCCGACAAUAAGAAUAAAUUCACGUCGACUGUGGGCGGCGAGUUGCUCAGUUUCCUCGACUCGGCGUUAGGGAUCGCUGGCUUCCCGCAUUCACUGCUGAGCUCCCUCGUGGAUUUCGUAGUUCUCCUCCACGACGCUAAAUUGACCUAUGUCGUACAUUCCAAAACGACCAAACCAACUUGGGUGGCGGAGCAAGAAGCUGAGGCGAACGACCACAAUGGGAACACACGGCCUGAGACCUCGGAGUACGAGAGGUCCGACGCGAAGGACGACAACCCCGUGUUGGAUUUCCUCUGCGGAAUCUACGGGAUCUUCAGCGCGGUCAUCCAGCAACAGAAAAAUAGCGUUUCAACCCUCGGUCCCGAGCUGUUGCUAGUCCUCGCAAAUGAGCCGUACGCGCCUCUACGACGUGCGGUCGUUUGCUACUUAUCUAAAUACAUGGAGAUGGAUCGCGACAGUGGUAAAAACGCUUUCCUUGCCGCGAGUGGUUUCCAACUCCUCGCAAACCAAAUAUCCCAGUACGAAUGCGAUGAUGAGCUUCUGCUCGCUGUCAUACAAUUAGCCACCGGAAUGCGUCUGCGGCAACUGGAUCAGUCGGUAGACGAAAUUCCGCGUGGAACCGUGUGGCCGGAAGCGGCCGUCGUACUCCUUGCCUGCGCGAAUCGCUGCACGAGCGCCAACCUCGCAGCUCGAUACGUGACGACGCUGGCCCAGGUUACGUGCGCUUGUCCCCCCCUGGUCACGGGUUUCGUCAACAGUAACGUCAUCGAGCACGUUUGCGAAAUCUUACCGUAUUUGACCUCGCCGUUGUCGUAUGCCUGGUACUCGCUGAUACGCGUGAUUGUCGCCUACUACUUAGCCCAACCUGGAGUCAACGUGGAUAAGAGUCGUUCCGCUCUGGCGGUUCAAUUCUAUCUCAGGUUAUACUCGCAAUACGUCACACUGCAAUCAGUUUGUUCUUCUGUGAUAUAUAUUCCCCGGCUGUAUGCUGCUAUUCUGCACGGAUUCUGUGAUGCUCUCGAUCACAACAUUACUGCGCACACCGGGAUCAAAUGCAUCGAGCCGUCAAGAUCAUUGAUCGAGGACAGCGAGGAAGUGUCAGACGACAAGUCCGCGUCUUCGACGUCUUCGAGAGCUACGGCUCGAGCAACUUCCCUGAGACUUCGGCUGGAAUCCCAUAGGGACAAAUGCCUGCGACCGGGAGCUCGAAGGGGGAGAUCGACUCCGCUAGAGCUCGACCGACAACUCCUGUUGGUCGUGGAACUCUUCCAGUAUUCGCGACCCUCAGUGAUCCUGUGUCCAGAAGGAUUUGCAUGUCUCGAACGAAUGUUGGAUGUGCUGGAGUUCGCGAGCGUGCAGUCCGAUCUGCCCAAUCUUGCCAAGGCGUCGCUCUACCAGAUCUCCAAUCUGACGCUAGCCUUAAUGAGACCGUCGAUCGACAUCGAACUGCGGUUGAAGAGUGUAGCUCGAUUGAAUGCCGUAUCCAGAAUGCCCGAGGUUCUCAGAGACGCUGCUGCGAACAACCUGAUCGUCUUGUGCGGGUUCCUACGAGAGCUCCACGAAGGGACCGCUCACGAUCCGAAACCGAAAAUUCUACUCGACCACAUCGCGGACAGCCUCCACAUCGAGAGUGGAUUCUCAAACGACACGAAACGACAGAACUGGAUAUCGAAGUUCGAGGCCGACCGCAAAUCGUUCCUGGAUACUCAAUCAGGCGCUGCUCUCACCGGCAGUCAGUUCAUGGCUUCGAAAGCCAACCUCGACAUGCGGCAGGUGACUGAUUCGGCCAUGAAGGUCACACGGAGCGUGGUCGACUAUCAGAAUCACGUUCGAAAAACUUCAUUGAACAUCUACAAGGCGAAAAAAUGCUUCGAGUAUGAUCUCCGUAUAAAAUGGAAAAAUAUCGCCCAGCAACUCACCCAUGAGAGGGCUGUGUGGCACAUGACGGAUUUCGUUCCGUCUUCGUGGGAGCUCGAUCCUACCGAAGGCCCGUGCCGCGUUCGGAAGCGGCUCCGUCGAGCGCAUCUCGAUCUCGAGGCACGGUUUUGGCUUGACAAAGGUGCUACGUUGACCAAGUUCACGCCACCUCUUGCCUACCUCUACUGGCACACGCGAACCCAGUCGGACAUUCGAAUUCACACUCUCGAGCAGAUUCGUAGCGUGUAUCCCUGCUCCAUGAUCACGGCGAGUGUGGAAACGAAAGGAGAGGUCCUCAUCGGCCUGGAGAGCGUUCGAUUCGUUCCGGACGACGAGCACUUGAGCACUCAGAGCUGGACCUUCACAACGAUCACAGAAGUCAUGCUGCGGCGGUACGAGCACGCUGAAGUCGCAAUAGAAAUGUUUCUCAGCUCCGGUCUGACCUGUCUUCUGAUAUUCGAGGACAAUAGUCACCGACAGGACUUCUAUGAAAAACUGAUUCCAAACUGUGAUAAACUUCAAAAAGGCGAAGUUCUCCAGACAAUGACUCAGAAGUGGCAGAGAAGACAGAUCACCAACUUCGAGUACCUGACGUACCUCAACAAGAUGGCAGGUCGGAGUUUCAACAACCUCAUGCAAUAUCCGGUGUUUCCGUUUGUUUUGUCGCAAUACGACGGAGACCAGCUAAACCUGAAGGAUCCGAGGGCGUUCCGAAUCCUGGAAAGACCGAUCGCCGUUCAAGAUAAAGCCCGCGAAACCCAUUACGUGGAUAAUUAUAAGCAAAGUCAGGAGAAUCAGAGUCUCUCAGUCGUAUCCGGACCAUUCCACUACGGGUCGCACUACUCUAACUCGGGGAUCGUCCUGCAUUUCCUGGUCAGAGUGCCGCCGUUUACCCAAGCCUUCCUGAGCUACCAGGACGAUAACUUCGAUAUCCCUGAUCGAACUUUCCACUCGAUGGAGACCACGUGGCGCUUGGCUUCGCGGGACAGCCCGACAGAUGUCAAGGAACUCAUCCCGGAGUUUUUCUAUUUCCCGGAAUUCCUGAGGAACAUUUUCAAAUUCGACUUCGGCACAAGACAAACCGGUGAGCGUGUCAAUGACGUUCGAUUGCCUCCGUGGAGCGAAAACGACGCUAGACUCUUCAAUUUAGUAAAUCUUGCCGCUCUGGAGAGCGAUUACGUCACCGAACGACUCAACUCCUGGAUCGAUCUCGUGUUCGGUUACAAGCAGCAAGGGAAAGCCGCGGUGGAAGCUCUCAACGUCUUCCAUCCGGCGACUUACGCGCAGAACGUGGCCACCAGUCGCAUGGACUCAAUCGCGAUGAAGGCUUACAAAACCAUGAUAAAAACAUACGGCCAGAUGCCCAUCCAAUUGUUCACUCAGCCCCAUCCGAACGUGAACCUCAACACCACGCCUAGUCAUACUAACGUGGACAUGCCCGUCCUCCAAUCAGUGCUCGGAAUCCGAUGGAACAUGUACGCUGGGAGCCCCGAUGACCCGACGCCGCCCGACUGCAUCUGGUCGAAGGCGUUCUCACCCUCUGCCUUCGGACAAUUAUUGGUUCUCGAUGGAUCCCGUAUUGUCGGUAUUCCACAAAGGACAGCUCUGUUCGGUGAUCGCGACAUGCCGUCCGCGCUGAUCAGCUGGAGGCAUUGCGACAGGGUAGUUCGGAUCAAAACUCGCAAGGAGCAACCGUUACAGCCUCUCCUGGAGUCCGCGGGUGAUGUCGUUUCCUUCGUACGCUGCGUCAGCCAGAGAGGCGAAAUAUUCAUCGGGCAUAAUUCCGGUCUUAUCCGAGUCUACAAACUGAACGUCUCUCCUGUCGUGUACGCGAGUCAUUCGGAAGUCCUGAUCGGUCACAAAAGCCGGGUCCUACACAUCGACGUCUGCGCGGAGUAUUUCAUAGUGGCCUCCACUUCAGAGGACGGCUCUUGUGUGCUCUGGGAUCUGAACAGUCUGAGAUAUGUUCGCACCAUAUUACAAGUCAACGAAGAAUUGACGCUGACCAAGGUCAGUCCCACUCUAGGGGACGUUGCCAUCGUACAGGAUAUAUCAGCUGGAGGCAGCAAGCUGCAUCUGUAUACAAUCAACGGAGUUUUCGUCGCUCAAUUGGAAUCGAGUUCGAAGAUCACGUCGCUCUGCUACUCGAAAGCUCCUGAAGGCGCAUCCGUGAAUGCCCUGCUGACAGGACACGAGGACGGCUCGUUGCGACUUUAUUCGUCGUGGAAUUUGAAGAUGGUCCGUCAAAUUUCCACGAGACUCCGUAGUCCGAUAGCCGACGCGAUUUUUUCUGCGUGCAAUCAAUUCAUAUUCGCUGUUGAUACUUCGGGUCAGGUUUGUGCCUGGGCCGGAAGCGCUGUCAAAAAUGGGGCCUACGCUCCGAAAUUCAUACAAGAGAAGCUCUAG